AUGAAGCUGCUCCCCUCCGUGCUCCUGCUGGCGGGCGUCGCCGUGUACGACACCUGCGCCCGUGGUCUCCAGCACGUCGGCAAGCUCCAGUCCGACUAUGUCGAUGCCCACUACCGAGCCGCCGACCGAGCCUCUCGCCUGCUCUCGGUCAAGCAGUCCAACUCGGCGGUCACCACCAACACGCACCUCAACAACAAGACGCAGCCCUUCUACGUCAACGGUACGGGCGUUCCUGACGUCGACUUUGACAUUGGCGAGUCGUAUGCUGGUCUGAUGCCUAUCAGCAAGGAUGCGAACGAGACGCGCAAGUUGUACUUCUGGUACUUCCCGUCCAAGAACCCUGCUGCCACCAACGAGAUCACCAUCUGGAUGAACGGUGGGCCGGGUUGCUCUUCGCUCGAGGGCCUGUCCCAGGAGAAUGGCCCGUGGAUCUGGCAGUAUGGCACGUACAAGCCGCUACCCAACCCGUGGACGUGGCAGAACCUCACCAACAUGGUCUGGGUCGAGCAGCCUGUCGGUACCGGCUUCUCGCAAGGCACGCCUAACAUCACCACCGAAGCCGAGCUCGCAGACCAGUUCAAAGGCUUCUUCCGCAACUUUGUCGACACGUUUGAUCUGCAGAACCGCAGCGUCUACAUCACAGGUGAGUCCUACGCGGGUCAGUACGUCCCCAACAUUGCGAGCAGCAUGCUCGACGAGGAGAACAAGGAAUACUUCAACGUCACAGGCAUCAUGAUCUACGAUCCCUCGAUCAAUGUCGAUGCCAUCACGGAGCAGGUGCCCACCGCAGCGUUCGUCGACUACUGGGGCGGUCUCUUCCCUUUCAACGACACGAUCAAAGCUCAAAUCAAGAGCAUGGACGAAAAGUGUGGCUAUACAAAGUAUCUCAACGACAACCUCAACUUCCCACCCAAGGGAAAGUUCCCUCCUCCGCCAGAAGCAACCGACGGGUGCGACAUCUUUGACUUUGUCUACAGCACGAUUUUCGACCUCAAUCCAUGUUUCGACAUCUACCAGGUCGCAACGACAUGCCCGAUCUUGUGGGAUAUCAAUGGCGGACCAGGGAGUGGCGAUUUUUUGCCGCCGGGGGCUUCACUGUACUUCAACCGAACCGAUGUUAAGAAGGCCAUCAAUGCGCCACUCGACACGACCUGGCUCGAGUGUUCGGCGGGCAACGUGUUCAACACCAGCUCGGGGCUCGAUCAGGGUGCUCAAGACGGACACUACUCCUCGACUACCGUUCUUCCUGGCGUGAUCGAUAGAGUGGAGCGCACCGUGAUCGGCCAUGGAAUGCUCGACAUGGUGCUCUUCAUGAACGGCACGCUGCUUUCGAUCCAAAACAUGACGUGGGGUGGUCAACAGGGCUUCCAACAGGCCCCGACGGAUCCGUUCUACGUUCCCUUCCACUCUGAUCCUCAGCAGGGAACCGUUGCAGCUUCAGGGACGAUGGGAGUCACCAGAACGGAGAGAAAGCUUUCGUUUGUGACUAUCCAGCUUUCUGGACACAUGGUGCCUCAAUAUCAGCCAUCCGCGGCCUUCAGAAUGCUCGAGUUCCUUCUCGGACGCGUAGAUAGCCUCUCCAGCGAGCAGCCUUUCACCUUCUUCGACAACGGACUCGAGGCGGAGAACGGGAUCUUCUCGGAUCGACGUCGGGCAGUGGCUGAGGAGGAGUUGAUGGCCAAGCAGCUGCAGUACAGAGGCUUGGCCCAGCCAGAGAUCGCCCAGAUCAUCGCCGACUUCCCCUAG